AUGAAUACUUUACAAAGCUUUUUGAGAGUUGAACCUCUUAACCAGAUUACAAUAUCCAGAGUGUUGCAUAAAUAUUGGAAAGAUUGUGGAGUAAAUACCGAAGAAGCGGAUUGCGAGCAUGUUAUAAAAAUUUUGAAAGAGUUAACAGAUGGAGAUAUUGAUGAAAGUCGCAAGCAACAUUUUACGUCAUUGCAAGAUAUAGAGAAGAUACAAUUUAUGUGGAAAGAACUUAAUGCAUUGAUGAAAGAUACCGAUUUAUUCCGACCUAAACAUGACAAACCGAAAUGGAAAACUCGAGCUACAUGUAAUAUUGGUAGCAUGAAGGAAAUUUUACGGCAUCUGCGAAAUGAAUCGCAAACUCAUUUUCAUCUUUUUGAAAUGUUAUGUGAUGCGAAUGUUGAUAAAUUGCUGUGUAAUGAUCCAUUAGUUAAUAGUAUAGUCGAUCUCGGAUCUCCCCGGUUCUCUCUGAAAGAAGAAGAGCAGAAUGUUCUUGCGGGUGAAAGGAGUUCUAUAAAGGGGUUAAGCAUAGGUGCUUUGGUAAGGCAAGUAUGCGCUAAUUUCAUUACAAAGAGGAACGAAAUCAAGCAACGUUAUAGGUUUAUGAUAUUGCCAUCUGAGAAAGUGACCCAUGCGCGUUGGGUUGAACAAGAAUAUGAAAGAGAGCGA